AUGAAAAGUUUUUUGGGAAAGCAGAAAAAAGAGUCUGCGCCCGCCAGCAAACCGGAAACGCCUUGUGCCUCUGGCGCCGCCUCCACCACCAGUGUCCACUCGGAAUCCGACUCGCUCAAAGAUCUCCAGCCCAUGUUCCAGCACAACUCCAGCGCCAAGUUUGCCAACGACCCAGACCUCAACCUAAACCCUUGCAUCUCCAACAGCAUGUCGGUCGGCACGUCGCUGGCGUCGGCAGGCACCCGGUCGGUGUUUUCCAGCAAGUACUCGAGCUCCACCAAGCAAUCGUCGUACAUGUCCAGUGGCAGCCGGGCGAAAAAGAACCGGGCUUCCGAGUACGGCCAGGCGUUGCAGAUCUUGGAGAUUCCCGAGGAGACGCGGUACGACGCCAACGCCAACGCCGAGGAGAUCAUCGCAGACCGCCUCCACUCCUUGUGGCAGGACAUUUCGUACAUUCUGAACCAGUACGUCACGUCGGUAGACAACUUGUCGUCGUCGGUUGUCAACAUCAUGGACCGGUUCAAGGAGUUCCGCAAGUCCGUGAAAAACAUCGACGCUCUAGACGGCCAGUGGUGCUUCACUUCCUACAACAAUGACGAUGUGAGAAAGCUCUUGCGCACCUACCUCCACUACUACGACAACUUGUUGAAGGACGAUGCGUACAUCCGCUUGAAGUUGUUGUUGUGCAAGGCUUUUAAUGACUUCCGCUUGACGCUCAAAAGCUCUUCUCGAGUUGCGGUGGCCCCGGAUUCGAUCCAGAAGCCUCGCAACUUCGCUGUCGGCGUCAAUGGAGGACAGGAGUUGCCCAACCAACGGGAGAUCAGCCGGAUCAUUUCCAAAAUUGCAAACAGCCCGAUGGGCCUCAAGGAGCAAAACGGCUCGUUCAUAGCUCCCAUUGCUCGUGGUAUCGACAGAGAUAUGAACGUUUUGUGUUUGUAUUUUGGAUAUCCUUCCUUCACCGAGGACAACCAAAGGAUCAUCAGCAGCAUCACCGAUCUCUUCGAUGACGUGCAUGUCAUGGUAGCCAAAAACCAGAUCGAACUCGCUUCUCUGACAAGCGCUCCUCUUGCUGGGAAUGUGCAGAAAUUCAAGCUUCCCUUCAGAAACCCGGCGGACCCCAUGAGACCGCCCAUGUCUUUAUCUUUAUCUGUUGAAACGUCGUCUCGUAUUUCCGGUACAAUGGGAGGCUUCAUCUAUCCUAAAAUCGAUGUGUCUUCACAACCACAGCUCACGUCAUAUGCAAAUUCCAAAUUUGCCCUCUCAUGUGGCCAUGUUUGUCUCAACAAGAGCGAAGAUGUGGUGGAGUAUCCACACGUGUCUUCUCCGCUGUCUGUUUUGAUUGGCUUGUACAAGAAGGCCCUUUCAGCCGAAUAUCAAAAGCUUGACGAUAUCGAAGGCGAUAACUCUGUCAUGGACUCCAAACUAGCAUAUGCGCUGGUGUUGAAGCAACUAGACGAAAUAUUUCCUUUGAAAGAAGUCACUGUGACAGAUUCUAAAACCAAGAAGAAACGGACAGAAGUCAGAAACCUUCCUCGCACCAGAUUUGGCCAAAUCAUUUGGGGAGAGCGUACUUUGAUCCAAGCGAAAAACACGAAAACUGGCAAGGAAAUCAGCGACAAGAGAUUAAGUGACUUGGCCAUCAUCAAAGUCAAUAAGCUCUUACAAUGCGACCAGAACUAUCUUGGAGACGAUAUCGCCUUCAACGAGUAUGACCCAGCUUUGUUCUUCGACAAUUUAUACGUGCGCAAAGUGAUCAAUCUCAACAGAUACACCAAAGAGAUCGACAUGGACAAUAUCAAUGAAGUCGACUCUGUCGAUUCUGUCAUCACGGAAUCAGAAGAUCUGUACUCCACAAAUGGGCUUCCUGUCUUCAAGUAUGGGUCUACCACCAAAUUCACCAAAGGCAACUUAAAUGGAAUCAAGUUGGUGUACUGGUUGGAUGGAGCGAUACAUUCGUCGGAAUUUGUGGUCAACUCCGACGAUAGCACAACCUACUUUGCUGCAGGCGGCGACAGUGGGUCCUGGAUCUUGACUAAACUCGAGGAUGUGCAGGGGUCGCUGGAAAGAAAGGGACUAGGGGUAGUGGGAAUGCUCCAUCUGUAUGACGGAGAAUUUAGACAGUUUGGUUUGUUUACCCCCAUGACAGAAAUUCUCGAAAGAUUAGAGGACGUGACAAAAAUCAAGUGGGGCGUGGUAGGAGUCAGUGAAAAGGAUGAGAAUAUCAGUGCUACAGACUCGGAAAGUGAAUCUCACUUAUCUGAUUCUGAUGAUAGUGAGUAUGAAAGUGGAGUGGAAGAACAAGCAUACCCACCAGAUAUUGACUAG